AUGGCAGUCCAGCAGUUGACAGACAAUAUUGAGCCCUCCGUCAGGCUGAGGUCAGUUGAGACAGCGGGCAGCAAAUAUCCAGGGAUGCUCGUCUGCAGUGUGUACAGCUUUUAUCCCAAACAAAUUGGGGUGACUUGGCUGAGGAACGGAAAGGAGGUGAAAUCUGAUGUGACCUCCACUGAACUGCCCAACAGGAAUUGGCUCUACCAGAUGCACUCCUAUCUGGAGUUUACACCCAGACCAGGAGAGAAAAUCACCUGUAUGGUGGAGCAUGCCAGCCUCAUGGAGCCAAAGCUUUGUGACUGGGAGCCCAUGCCUGAGUCUGUGAUGGAUAAGAUUGUUGUUAGGACGGCAGGGCUGUUGUUGGGUCUGGUCUUUGUAGUUGUUGGGCUGAUUUACCACAAGAUGAAAUCUACUGGUGAGAGAUGA